AUGCCUGGCAUCGCUGAGAACUGCGACGCGUUCUACCUAAUCUCGUCAGGAGAUCAAUGCGACAGCAUUGCCUCCCGCCAUAGCAUCACUGUUGAUCAGCUGAACAGCUGGAACAGUGAAAUCAACGACAACUGCUCGAACCUCUGGCUCGGAUACUACAUCUGCGUGCACGUCCCCGGCGCAACAACCACUCAACCCCCAAACCCCGGCCCGACAGAGGAUCCCUCAACCCCUACGCUGCAGAUGCCUGGGAUCGUUGAAAACUGCCAGUCAUUCCACCUGAUCGAGAGCGGGGACAGCUGCUGGUCGAUAUACACCGAGGCUGGCAUUACAUUGGCGCAGUUCAGAGUGGAAUACGCAGGUUGAUGCGGCGUGUAGUAACCUGUGGCUUGGGUAUUAUGUUUGUACUGGGGUAUAGAUGGGAUGGGAUGAAUGAUGUCGGAGAAGUCAGUGGUAGAUUAUGAUGACUAUAGUUGCCAGGAGAAUAAGUGGGAUAAUGAUAGAAUGAAUGCUUCGUUACAGUUGGGC